UGAAAGAAGUCGCUUUAGGUGGCAACAGGCCGAGCUUGUUCUGUCAUCAAUCCUUCACAGCUUUACUUCUUCGACUUCAUCCCUCAUUCCAAGCAUCUACACUCCCGUCAUUCUGUUACAACAUAAGCAUAGUUCGGCGACUUUGGGCUUGUGCUCGCAAUCAGGGGAAUCGUCUUUGUCAGAGAGUAUGUCUGAUCUCGUCCAUAAUAACAUCAGCAUUGGUGACAAGGACAACCGAGUCAUCAUGACAACCUCAGGUGAUUGCCUCCAGAAUGACAUUCCAUUGUCCAGUACUAAUCGGCUGUCUAGGCCGCUGUUGACCCCACCUGAGAGGUCUUUCUCUCCUUCCUUGUCACCAUCCAUCGAUAUCAUCAGCUGUACUGCCUCCAGGAUAUCUCCUUGUCUACAACGCACUUCCUCAACCCUUCUAGACAGGAAUAAAUCUUCCUUUCCUUUUGUCAGUGAUUCUCUAAAACAAAUCUCUACAAUCUCCUCUGAUACCAAUCCUGCCUCCUGCGUUACGUUUGAUGAUCCGAUUCAUGAGCCGGCUGUAUCAGGGACCUCUAGCUCUGCUAUAACUCCGACGGAGACCCCAAAACGCGGCGCUCAAAGCCCUCUUCCUCGGCGGCUUCACAGUCAAGAGCACGAACAAACCCACUCCUCACCAAACCCAUCAAUACGCCCGCUUCUUGGUGCAUCAGAACUUAGCUCAAUGGAUGAAUUUAUGGGUCGACACAAAGAGGCAAGUCAGUGGUCUCAGAGCUCGGAUCCGCGACGCCCCGACAUGUCUUUUUGGCAGAGCUCAGAUGAUGAUCCACAGGAACUAGAAAGCAAUAAACGACCAAAAAGCGAAUCCCGAGGGAUAGUCGGCCGUAAUGCUCGUAGUGUAUCAUGGGGUGCUCGUCCUAGACCUCGUCUUCAAAGACGCUCGACCAUGUCGAUGAUAGCAGACGAAAUCUCCAAAAAAGUAGAAAUUGAUCCCAAGAACAAACCAGAUUUGGAGAAAGAGUCGGAAUCCGAAGGUAGUGGCACCAGUAUGCCUCACACUCUCACGACAUGUCAUAAUCUGAAUGAAUCCAUCCUUCGGACCCCUAUCAAGAAAGGACGACAAUCGCCCCAACCUGGCUUCACCGAAACGAUAGUUGAUAGUACACCAGGGUAUACGCGUGCAUGUGUGGCGUAGGAAGUGGUCCAUAUUCUUUCUACUUUUGCAUUUGCUCACGUCAAUGCUCGUUCCCUGCCUUUCCUUAGCCUUCAGAUCCAAAAGAGGCGGAAAAUGAAACAGAGUCCGAAAAUCACA